CACUGUCGGACGUGGGGACGCUUGACACGGAGACGACCGCCUCUUCCUCGAUGGGGGGCAACGAGAACGACCACAUCGGGUACGAUACGGUUGAUCUAGCUCCUCGCCCGCUGCGAACGCUGCAGAAACCAGCGAGCAAAAAUCAAACCAUCGACACGGUCGACGUUUCCGAGCUGAUCAGCCACGCGCCGGACGACAGCCUAUCCAGCGCCUCCAACCUGUCGCCGAUCACCGGCUCCCUAACGAGCACUAAAAUGUCCACCACCUCCGGGACGGCCGUGAUGCGCAACCUAAAGGACAAGCUGCGAUCGUCCUUCCGCAAGAGCAAAACGUUCAUCAAGAAUGAGCGCCAGCGGUUGGCCAACUAUUUGGAGGAGCGGACUGCGAGUAAAUCGUCCUCAGCCUCCUCGUCGGCGGCCAACUCCCCCCGGAGGCGUCCCGUGGAGCAAACCCACCACUUCAACACCAUCGGCCACACGCAGAGCGUGCAGCAGUCGGCUGCCCGGCGCCGGCUCGAGUGCAGCGAGCAGGAGGAGUCGGACGAUAUGUACCGCUCGUUCACGGAGGGUAGCGGCAGCAUCGUAACGGCGGGCAGCUCGAUGACCGAGCUCAGCAGCCAGCACAUGAGCGAGCUGAUGCAGCAGAUCAUCCGGCAGGGGGACGCCCGGAAGCAGCUGAAGCAGGCGCUCGGCAUCUGCCGCAGCACGCGCGAGUUCGAGUGCUCGCCGGAACUGAUCGAGGCGGAACGGUUGCUGCUGGUGGCCACGCAAAAGGAGACGGCGGUGCGCAACGAGCUGAACAAGAUCGAUUACCAGGCGCACGGGAUGACGCUGGCUGAGGGGAAGCGCGUUGGUACGGUCACGCUGAGCAACUUUGAGUUCCCGCUGAAGGAGGCGGCCGUGCGGGAUGCGCUGUUCAACUAUUUCUACGUGGUGGUGUGCACGUACAAGCACGAGGUGAAGGCGACGGUGGCGAAGGAACGGCACGCCGAUGGGCGGGUGUACCUGCGCGACUGUGCGAUACAGUUUGCGAAUCUGGACGCGAACUACGAGAUCAAGGUGGAGGUGUUUGUGCUGCAGCUGCGCAAGAACGUGAAGAACUACAGCUUCGAAAGUCGCUACCAUCUAGAGAAGGACUCAAAACGUCCCCUCAGUUGUCCCUCGCCGUCGAAAAAGCUGCGCGAAGCCGGCCGGCUGCUAUCGUUCCGCUCCAGCUCGCCGAAAACGUUCGAUUUCGACAACGAGUUUUCGCGCUUCAAAUCGCAAGGCUUCCUUACGCUCACGUCCUUCACGCUGCUGACGGCCAACGGUACCGCCGAGGGUGACGAUGCACCGGAAGAGGAGAAGCAUUUCGAUGCGACGUACGCGACCGCCCGCACCAGUCACAACACGCACCUGUCGACGAUGCUGGAGGGUGGCGAUGAGGAGCUGCUGGCGGAAGGCCAUUCCUACUACUCGACGACGGGCCACUUUCAGCCGGUCGUCUGCCGGCGGGGGGACGACCAGAGCGCCCUGUUCAUCGCGGAGGAGUUCAAGUAUCUGACGCUCGACUCGAUGGCGUACACCUCCAACAUGGUCGGCACGAUCGGCAUGAGCGUGCGGAGCGAGGUACGGUUCGACGGUUCCGACAUGGCCGGAUUUCUGGACGUUGGCGAAAAGGUGGAGGGCAGCGACGAGAGCAUCACCUGGAGCCGGCGCUGGUGCAAGCUGAACGGGUUUAUGCUCGAGUUUUGGAACUAUCCGCAGGAGUGCCAGGAAAAGCAACCGGUGCUGUACAUCGAUCUGGUGAAAUGUAUAAACGAGCGGAUACAGCUGGCCGAUCGCACGAUCUGCUCCCGUCCCCGUACGCUUAAGGUGGAAAUAUUUGCGUCCCGGGUGGCGGCCGGUGCCGGCGCUAGCUGCAACAGCAGCGGCAUCGGCAGCUUCCGAAGCACCACCGGCCGUACGACGAGCCCGAGCUGCUCGGCCGGUGAUCAAGACCGGGACGGACUGCUUCGACCACUGUCACCAGGGGAGCAGCAGCGUGGUGGUGGUGGUGGUACGACGCAAAGCCAUAACAAUGUCAUCUGCUACCUGCUGGCGGCAGACACGCAAAGCGAUCUGAAGAGCUGGCUGGGUGAGCUAAAUCGGGUGGUAAAGUUUUUGAAGGAGUGGAAAUUCUGAGUGUGCACCGGCGCCGCGCGGGGGCCAAUGUGCAAUAAACCGACCCUCCCCCCAUGGGGCGAAGCGCGCACCGUGUAUGUAUGCGCGAAGCAAGCGCGUAAAUGUCAAUCAAUCAUCCGCCCACACAAGGGCUUGCCUUUAGCUUAUUUUGUUAGUCACAAUGCUGUUUUUAGGAUAUCCUUAUUAAACCCCCUUCGAAUGGGCAUUUUGUAGUGAAAUAGUCCGUAAGACAACGCAGCAGCUAGCGCACAAUGUUGUUAAACAGAAGCUCUCUCAGUGAAGCAAUUUAGUGGUUGUAGGAAAAAAGAAACAAAAAAAGACGAAAAGAAGUGCCUUUUAUUACACUUGCUUAACAGCCUAGGAAAGAUUUCAUUAGCAGCUACGGUCGAUGGGGUCGUAUCCCAACAAUAAGACUGCACGCUCGCGGGUCGUGGAAGAAGUCGUCAAUGAGGGCUGUUCUAAAGCAAUCGUUGUGCUUCUUCCGUUCUCCGUCUCAGCCCGGUAACGGUGAUUAGUUUGAUAAGCAUUCUAUUUGGUUUGUUUGUUUUCCGUUUUAAGUUUUGGACAGUGUUAGUGAUCCUCUACAAUGAUUUGCUCUAGCGCACAUUCCUACCAGUAAGCUGGUUUCGUUAAGAAUUUUUUGUAAGUAAGAAUGAGAACUUUACAAUGUUAUGUUAUGUCCAAUAUCAUCAUCCUAUCCAGUAGCGCACAUUGUUUGCGGAUCAGAUCAUACACGAUAUCAGCUCAUUUUCUUCUCACUUGAAUUAUUGUUAAGCGAUCUCAUGUACAUACUUGUAAAGCACAGAUUGUUUUGAAUUAGACUGGCCCGAAGCUAGUUUGCUUUCGCGGUGACUUAUGUGAGCGAAUAGUAGGGAAUUCUUGUUAUUUAAUGUACGUAGAAGUCAGGGUGUGGUUCAAAAUUGUUCAAUUAUUAAAUUCAAAUCGGUCUCUUUAUGACGCGUAGCGGGACGGGGCACAUACGGUGAGUGAAAUAAACCGCUUUGUGAGAAACAAUGCAUUAAAAACAAA